GCCUUCCCUUAUCUGUCGAUUCUUGAGUCACAUAAACGCUGUCAUACAGGCGAGAAGCCGUUCAGCUGUCAUUUUUGUGAUAAAAAAUUCGCUCAAAAGGCCACCCUUCAAGUACACGAACGAACACAUACCGGAGAGAGACCGUAUAAAUGCAAAUAUUGUGAAAAGACAUUCGCACAGUAUGGUACAAAAACGGUCCAUGAGAAAAGCGCUCAUUUGGGCGAAAUCAAAGAAUGUCCGGCAGCUGGUCAAAAAAAAAAUGUAAGCUCACCGUUUGUGAACGAAGUCGAUAUCAAAUCUACGAUCUCGAAUGACCAUCUUGGCAUUCGAAACUAUAAGUGUCCCAAAUGCAGCAAGCUACUCUCGUCACCAUCAGCGUUGUAUACGCACAAGAAAACUCACGGCGAGAAGACGUUCACUUGUGAAUUCUGUCCGAAGACGUUCACGCUCAAAAACUAUUUGAAACUGCAUGUGAAACAAGUGCAUGAGCAAAACGAACGCAAGCACAUAUGCCAAUACUGCAAUAAGACAUUCGCAUACGCUGGAAGUUUACAGGUGCAUGUUCGAACACAUACCGGUGAGCGGCCCUAUACCUGUCGCUAUUGUCCAAAAGCUUUCGCAAGUCAAGGCAAUCUACAGAGUCAUGAGCGUACCCACACCGGUGAGCGACCGUAUUCGUGUUCGCAUUGUGGCAGAUCAUUCAUACAAAAGUCACAGUUGACUGCACAUGAAGCAACUCAUCAAUAUCAGCCAGGUGUCAGUGCACCUGAGGUUGCUAAAGAGGUAGUUUUCAAUCCUUUUUAG